AUGCCGCCUCCGCCUGGCUGUCCUGAAACCCUUGGGAUACCAGAGACAGGCCACGCUUCCCCCUCCUCGUAUACGCUCGUCAAGCCGCCGCCGCCCCCGUUUCCCGCCUGCUUCUCCUCCUCGCAGCAGCAGGCCAGGAACAUCGAGGUCCAGCUGCCGCCCCUGGUCGCGGGGGCUCUAGUUGCCGCGUUUGCCAAGGCCCUGGCCGAUGGCUUGAACAAUGAGCUGCUAGCCCACUACUAUUUCCCAGAUCGGAGGGUGAGGGUCAACCUGGAUCGAGUGCUGGACCGGCUCUUGUCGGUGUUUGUCAGGCAGCUGUGGGAUGAGCUGUUCCGGUUCUACACCGACUCUGAUCACGGCUCCGGAAGCCAGCAUUCUCGUCAGGUUACUCUGUUGUUCGAUGGUCCGAUCCGCCAGCUCGUGCUUAUACUCAACGGCCCCGAGACGGCCAGAUGCAUCCUCGAUAAGCUCGGCCCGGGAUUGUCGAGAAGGCCCCUGACGUGGUCGACCAACACCAAGGGAAUCGACUUCCCGCUGGCUCUGCAGCUGCUGUGUGGCUACUGGCAUCGCGAGUUUCCCGAACAGUCGCCGGGAGGAUCGCCGGAUCAGAUCGCCCGCGCGCUUCACACGCUUAUAACCACCGGGGAUGCUGCCAGAGAACUCAUCGAUGAGAUGAAAAAGGUGCUUCUGUCUCCACACUAUGUCCAGAUUCACUUUGCCGAGUCGGCCAUCUGGGAUGUUGUGCUGAGAAGACCCGGCCCUCCUCCGCCCGACGGCUUCCACAUCGUUCAGCUCAAGUUCGAAUGCCAACUGUUCAACCCGCUGGGUGGCUUUGGCGACCUAUCCAAUACCCGUCUCGCGUCUCUCCCCGUGGUGACAGGCACCGCCGCCGAGCAUGUCUGCACAACUGUAUCCGAGUACGUCGAGAAGCAGUGGCCGAGAAGCGGACCCGUCGUGUUGAGCUGUCUUCAAGAUGCGUUUACCAGCGCGGCAUCCUCCCUCCAACAAGGAGACGCAUUCUCCGGCAUGUCUCUCUGGGACGGCAGCGAUGGUAAAGGCGCGCUUUUGCCGAGCUUGAGAUUCGUCCACAUCGAGACGGAGGGCUCGUGGAUCAGGAUGAGCCUGAGCGCCAGGCUUCAUACCCUCGGCGACGUCUUCCAGCAAAUGUCCUGGCUUUGUGCGGCCUUGAGUUCCUCGCCGUUUCCGGGAGUGGUGGCGGAGAGCAUGACGGAGGUGUCGAAUUGGGUUUACUUGGAUGAGAAUGUCUACAUUGACUGUGGUUUGAACCACAUUCCUAUUCCUGGGAGCGACACUUUGCAGCACCUGCCGCGUACUGCGAUUGCGAGCGGCUUCCCUUUGCAUCGAGGAUCGGUGGAGGUGUAG